AUGGCCGAGGAGGUGGCCAGCAGGUUCAGAACUUUGGAAAGAAUAGUAAGAAAAGAAAGUGUUGAUGCCAAUUUGUUGGGUCACUCAGAGAAUGAAGAGGAUGGCUAUUUUUCCCACCGACCGAAAGAGAAAACACGAACAGACAGCAAUAAUGAAAAUUCAGUCCCCAAGGACUUUGAAAAUAUUGAUAACAGUAACUUUGCUCCCAGGACUCAGAGGCAAAAUCACCAGUCUGAGCUGGUGAAGAAACCCCUUAGUAAGCAAAAGGAGCACUUGAGAAAGAAACUGGAAGAGGAGAAAAUGAAGGAGAACUUGCUGCUAGGAAAGAACUCCAAUGAGGUGGUGCAAUUCAGUGAUCACCCCAGAAAAAACAGCAGCAGCAGCAGCAACAACAACAAUUUGAAGGAGAUUCACAGGUCUCCCAGACAGCAUCAUUUAAAAAAAAUUGGAAACAGCUCUCCUGAACUGAAAUAUGACCAGCCACCGAAGUGUGAGGUAACAGGCAAAGAGGCAAUUUCAGCCAUGUCCCGGUCUAAAACUAAGCAGUGUCGUCAGGAGAUUGCAGACGUGUAUUGUCAGCACAUGCAUGGAAAGCUGAUGCCGGAGAAGGUGACGCGUUUCUGUACACUGGAGGGAAAAGCCAACAACAAUGUACAGUGGGAUGAGGACUCCGUAGAAUACAUGCCAGCCAACCCAGUCAGGAUCGCAUUUGUCUUGGUUGUUCAUGGCAGAGCUUCUCGGCAACUCCAACGCAUGUUUAAGGCUAUUUACCAUAAAGACCAUUUUUAUUACAUUCAUGUUGACAAGCGAUCCAAUUACUUGCACCGGCAAGUGCUCCAGUUUGCUAACCAGUACCCAAAUGUGAGAGUCACUUCUUGGAGAAUGGCAACUAUCUGGGGAGGAGCAAGUCUUCUGACCACCUACCUGCAGGCCAUGAGGGACUUAAUGGAGAUGAAUGACUGGCCAUGGGAUUUCUUCAUCAACCUCAGUGCUGCUGACUACCCGAUCAGGACAAAUGACCAGCUAGUAGCUUUCCUGUCCAGAUAUCGUGAUAUGAACUUCUUGAAAUCACAUGGGAGGGACAAUGCAAGAUUUAUCAGAAAACAAGGACUGGAUCGGCUUUUCCUGGAAUGUGACACCCACAUGUGGCGCCUGGGUGACAGGAAGAUCCCAGAAGGAAUCGCAGUUGAUGGAGGGUCAGAUUGGUUUCUCCUGAACAGGAAGUUUGUGGAAUAUGUUACUUUUUCAAAUGAUGAUCUGGUAACAAAGAUGAAGAGGUUUUACUCAUAGGCUUUGCUNCCUGCUGAGUCCUUCUUUCACACUGUUCUGGAAAAUAGCCCCUACUGUGAAUCCAUGGUGGACAACAACUUGCGCAUCACAAACUGGAACCGAAAACUCGGUUGCAAGUGUCAGUACAAGCACAUUGUUGACUGGUGUGGCUGUUCACCUAAUGACUUCAAACCAACAGACUUCCACCGAUUCCAGCAGACUGCCAGACCAACUUUCUUUGCCCGUAAAUUUGAAGCUGUAGUGAAUCAAGAGAUAAUUGGCCAGUUGGACUACUACUUGUAUGGCAACUACCCAUCUGGCACCCCUGGCCUCCGAUCCUACUGGGAGAACGUGUACGAUGAGCCAGACGGCGUGCACAGCCUGAGCGACGUUGCCCUCACCAUGUACCACGCCUUCUCCCGCCUGGGCCUGCACAGGGCCGAGACCUCCUUCCAUGCUGCUGGAGACAACAGCUGCAGAUACUACCCCAUGGGCCAUCCAGUUUCUGUCCACCUUUACUUCCUUGCUGACCGUUUCCAAGGCUUCCUAAUCAGACAACAUGCAACCAAUCUGGCUGUCAGUAAACUAGAAACUUUGGAAACAUGGGUGAUGCCAAAGAAAGUCUUUAAGAUUGCAAGUCCACCAAGUGAUUUUGGACGAUUACAGUUCUCAGAGAUUGGCACUGAAUGGGAUGCCAAGGAAAGGAUUUUCCGGAAUUUUGGAGGGCUCCUGGGGCCAACAGAUGAGCCAGUUGGCAUGCAGAAGUGGGGAAAGGGCCCCAACGUCACCGUUACUGUCAUCUGGGUGGAUCCUGUUAACAUCAUUGCAGCAACGUACGACAUUCUUAUUGAAUCCAGUGCUGAAUUUACCCACUACAAACCACCUUUGAACUUGCCCCUGCGACCCGGAGUCUGGACAAUAAAAAUUCUGCACCACUGGGUGCAGGUAGCUGAAACCAAAUUCCUUGUUACUCCUCUCACCUUCUCUAACCAGCAGCCUAUCAAACAAGAGGAAGCCAUGAAGUACCACAGCGGGCCUCCAAAGAACGCAUACAUGGAGCAGAGCUUCCAGGGUUUGAACCCCGUCCUGAACAUCCCCAUCAGUGCUGCUCGCGUGGACCAGGCCAAGAGGAACGCAGGACUGGUGGGUGCCCGUCUGGAAGCCUGGGUGGACUCCCUGGUCAGCAGCAUCUGGUCAGCUGUGGACAUCUGCAGCAUGGGCCCCACAGCUUGCCCAGUCAUGCAGGGCUGUGCUCAGACAGCCUGGAGCUCCCUCAGCCCAGACCCCAAGUCUGAGCUGGGCCCCAUCAAACCUGACGGCCGCUUGAGGUAG